CCCACAUCUCUGUUCGCGAACCGGCACCCGCACCUGCACCCGCAGCAACCCAUUCAACAUCAUUAAAUACAGCUACAACUGCAAAAGCGAAAGCCAGCCUCAACCGCCACCAUGCAGAUCUACUACUACGAAGAAUCCUCGGAAGACCAACGGGCAGCGCACGACAGCGGGGAGUCACUCACGGUCACGGAGCUCUCACGUCUCGGGGUGAUCUACCACCACCUACCCACAGUCAGCGAGGUGGACGUUCUCGCGUCCUCGCGCAACUACAAGAACCGCGACGAGAUCACCGUUGCGCCGGCGGCGAUGGGCGCCGCCUACGAGGACAAGGUGAAGAUGUUCUUCCACGAGCACCUGCACGAGGACGAGGAGAUCCGGUACAUCCUCGAUGGUCGCGGAUACUUCGACGUGCGCGGCGGAGUUGACGGUGCCGACGAGAGGUGGGUCCGCUGCGCGCUCGAGAAGGGCGAUCUCAUCAUCCUGCCCGCCGGGAUCUGGCAUAGGUUCACCACCGAUGAGGGGAACUACGUCAAGGCCAUGCGUCUGUUUAAGGAUGAGCCGAAGUGGACGCCGCUCAACCGCGUUCCGGAGCUGGAGGAGAACCAGUUCAGGAAGGAGUAUGUCCAGUCGGUGCUGGCGGGUGGCGUCUCUGCCUAAAGUAGCGAAUAUGAUAUCCUGGCUCAAUAAAGCCGCACGUUUACUUGAAUAUUCAACACGAGGUGGAAUUAGCUAUCGACGAUUUCGAGAAAGAAAAAACCUCGCUGUAGCUUGUAAACCGUUGUAUCGGGCGCCGUGCUGUAGCUGUUU